CACUGAAUCCGUCCACAGGCGACCACGACGACGACGACCACCAGCGCCGGCACUCUUUUUUGUUGGACCACCACCACUACGCCACCGCCACUCACAAGACUUGUUCACCUUCGCAUCAUUUCACUAAACAAAUGUCGACGUUCUCGAGUCCGACACCAGCCCCGGGCGGCCGCAAGUUGGCUGCGAGCGCUUUCAAGAGUGCUGGCCUCAUCGACCGCGAUGAACAUAUGCGAGACAUCUCGUCGGAAAAUCCGGGUGGCAGGAAAGGCAUCUCCAAGAUUCGCUCUCACCGUCCACGACCGGUGGAUAUUUUCAGAGACCAACCUGGCCACUCGCGCGCAACCAUGCUGGCCUCGCGAUCACAGCCGGGCGCCUCGAUAGAUGGUAUUCCAAUCCGCGGCGCUGCGAGUGCGAGGAAUUCGACGGUGGGGCGUCUUCGCAGGAACGUACCUGGCAUGGCAUCAGUAUCUGCUGCCGCUGGUGGGAGAGUGGCAACUGUAGCAGUGAAAGCAGUGGAUAUAUGGAGGGAUUUUGUGAAAAGAAGAUGGAACCCGGAAACGAGAUUCCUGAAUCUUGAGUCGAUGUCGGAUGACCCCGAGUUGGGAAAACAUGGCCUACUUCCUCCUGGCGUUCCGGGUUCAAGCAUGAGGGAGGCUUCGGUAAUCUUCAAGCUUGCCUCCCAGCUCAAACCUCUCCCGCAAACUAUUUCUCUCGCAAAUAACAAUAUCGGUUCAGGGCAGCUCCUCUCGACCCUGGCUCACCACCUCCCUAAACUUGCAAACCUCUCCCUCCAGAACAAUGAUCUGAAAGUAUGGCGUGAUAUGGACCAUAUAUCCGGGCGGAAGGGGAAAUUGGAACAUCUUAGGGAGUUAAUCUUGUUGGGUAAUCCACUACGCGAGCUUGAGAUAAAAAAUGGUCGAGGAGACAAAUACAAGAGCGAGGUGACCCGGCGAUUCCCCUCCUUGGUCAUGUUGGACCAGGGGGCCAUCGCGACCAUCGCGUUCGACGCUCCCACCCCUUCAUAUACGACCUCGACGGAAGAGCGGCCGACCGCUACGACAUUCCCGUUCGAGAUGAAACCUUCAUUUAUUACCGGAGUGGACAACGCCGUCAUUAGUAACUUCCUCGUCCGGUUCUUCCCGUUGUUCGACAAUCAACGCGCAACCCUUCUAGACGCAUAUCAUCCCUCCGCAACCUUCUCAUACUCUGUGAACACUACUAUCCCCUCUCGAGCCCGAAUACAAGGGCUCCAUUCGUCUAGAGAAUUUCCUAAUCAGCGCAAGCUAGAUUGGUCUGUCUGGUUGGGCGAUUCACGAAACCUCACCCGACUGGGUCGCAGUGACGGGGCUGAGAAGUCUGUUAACACUUUGCGUGUUGGAUGCGAGGCAGUCAUCCGUGCAAUAACAUCUCUUCCAAAGACAAGACACGACAUAUCGGGCUCCCCUGAUAAGUUCUGCGUCGAUGCCUGGCCAAUAGGAAAAGGCGAUAGUAUGAAGUUGUUUAUUUCGCUUCAUGGACAAUUCAAUGAAGAACCUUCGCAAGGUAUUCGGUCCUUUGACAGGACUUUUGUUCUGGCACCUGCGCCACCGGGUUCACGUGCCAAGUUGAACGGGUGGGAUGUUGUCAUACUUUCCGACCAAUGGACGGUUAGGGCUUAUUCCAGCCACGAAGCGUGGCGGCCUGGCCCGAUGCGGGUGCAAACGGGAGAGAGAUUACCUACUACUGCUCAGCAGCCCCCACAAGCGAUGCCGCAACAGUCGGGGUCAACGAUGAUAGUUCCAUCCCAAGCGCAACUCGAGGAAGCUUUAUCUGGCUUUUCUGAACCGCAGCGCCGUUUGAUUGUGGAGAUAUGCCAGCGGACGGGGCUGAAUGUGAAAUAUGCCGUGGAUUGUUUACAGAAUAACGGGUGGGAUUUGGACAGGGCGGUUGCAAACUUUGAGCAGGUCAAGGGAGCGCUAUCACGGGACGCAUUUUUGUGACGUGCGAUUGCGAAGGAGGUAGCGUGGGCACAAGUUCUCACGGUGAUAGUUGGUUCAACCACGAAUGAAUCAACAGACGGCUAGGAGCGAAAUCAACAACUCGAUCCGACUUUCCAAAGUGCUUGAUCUAUCUAUCUAUCUGCAUUCGGCAGGCUCUCCGUAGUAAUAUUCUUUUUGACAGUGAAUGUACCUUGCAUAUAUCAUUUCUAUGUAUCAUUUCGCAUCCCAACAUCCCAGAACCAUCGCUCGUUCGAGUGCUUGCAAUCAAUUUAUACUUUUCUG